AUGCCCGUUCCUGAUUUCACUUCCAGCGUUGCUGUUCGGCCAAGCGCUUCGCUAAGCGAAGUAACCAGUUUCUUCUGCAAUCAGAUCAGAGACUUGGGAUGGAAUAGAGAUGAAUUGGAUGCUCAAACUCACUUUACAGUGGCUCAAAACGGCCAAGACUGGCUAAUAUUGAUUCCAGCGGGCGCAAAUGAGCCUAUUGGGAUGGUGAUAGGUUUUAAGUUCCCUAAUCGCACCGGAUGGGUAGGUUUCUUUAUAGUUGAUAAGCAGCACCAAGGGAGAGGAUGGGGUGGGAUGUUGUUCAAAGCAAUGCUUGACACCUACAACGAAAUUGGCAUCCGAGUGGUUGGUUUGGAUGCUGUAAAGGAGCAAGUUAAAACAUACGAAAGACGAGGCUUUGUUGAAGCAGCCAAAAUCAGGAUUAUGACGCGCGUGCCUGAACAAGAAUUGGAGACCAAGUAUGGGGCUGUCCAGCUGAACAACGGGUAUAAAGCAGUCGAUAUUAAAGAAGUUGAUGCGGACACUAUUGCGGAUCUGGAUCGCAUGCAUACUGGGCUUGAUCGAGGCGUACUCUGGGCUAAAGCUUUGUUUUCUCGACCUGAUGCAUUUGGAUUUGCUAUUAUAUCUACCACCACUGAAGAAUUAUCAGGAUUUAUACUAGUUCGUCGUUGCGAACAUGGCUACCGAUUUGGCCCUCUGUUAGCAGACUCGAACAGCCAUGCGUCCGCUCUUCUUCAACUAGCCAUGUCACAUGCAGCCGUUUCAAAAUCUUCUGGAAGCUUGGUCGCUGAAGUAUUUGGCCCAAAUGAGAAUAGUGUUGACGUAUUUUCACGUUUAGGAUGGCAAUGGACAGAGAUGGAUUACCACAGAAUGUGGCUUAACGGCCGAGUGCCAGUAGAGCAACAACAAGGCGGACGAGGUCAAAAGGGAAUGUUUGCUAUUUUUGAUGCUUCCGAAGGUUGA